CAUCUCAUUGGUUGGGAGGUAAUUGCACCUGCUGUGUUCGAUUACAUAGUUUGCUCAGAGAGGAGCUCAGUUUACAGACUUCUACAAUCAGUAGACACUCAAACAACUGUUCGUGAGCUGAUUUAAUCUGUGCUUGUGUGGACAAUGAGGAUGGCAAGUUCUCCUGACACAAAACUUAACAAGCAGUUAACGUGCAGUUACAACAGUUUUUCUGGUUCCUCUCAUUUGGCUGACGGCUCAAUAGACGUCACCUGUGAUGAGAAUCAAAAACGUGACCUCAGCCAUCUUCCAAGGGACGUCCCUCUGAAACAGCUGGCCUCUGGUAGCCCAAAUUUGUUUGACCGUAGCCUGUCGGACCUCAAAGAGACGGACAAGGACCCCUCCAGUCGGGACACUGUCCUCCCCCUCUGUGCUGCAUCUAUCACCUUUGCCAUUGGAGUCACCGUUGCUUUGAUCCUGCAUGUCUUCCUGGGUGUGUUCGUAGAAGGUGUGGUGGUUUCUGAUCAUGUGCGCUGCACUUCCCUCGGCCAGACGGUCCUCAAUGACGGUGGAUCCAGUGUGGACGCGGCCGUCACGGCCGCCCUGUGUUUGGGUGUUGUGCAUCCACAUGUGUCGGGUGUUGGUGGAGGUGGGGUGAUGCUGGUACACGACCUCCACAGGAAGGAAACCAGGGUGAUUGAUUUUCAGGGAACUGCACCUAAGGCACUUAAGGAGGUGAUGCUGCAAAAUGUCUCUGGACUAAAGGCAGGUCUGCGAGUGGGGGUGCCAGGUCUCCUCAGAGGGUUACACCAUGCUCACAGCUUGUAUGGGAGUCUAUUAUGGGAGGAUGUGGUCACCAGAGCCGCCGCUGUCGCCGAAGACGGUUUCAAUGUGUCUUUCAGUCUUGCUGAGGCCAUAUCAAAGGUACAGGGCGAGCACCUGUCCCAACGUUUCAGGGACACGUUCCUUCCAGGUGGCCGACCUCUUCUUCCUGGGUCCUUUCUGAGGAUGUCCAGUCUGGCUGCUGUCCUUCGGGGUGGUCUGUCCAACUUCUAUGACGGUAACUUCUCACUGGAGAUGGAGGACGAGGUGCAAACAAACGGAGGGGUCCUGAGCAGGGACGACAUCAGUAACUACAGUGUAGAAGUCGGGCAGCCGUUGGAAGGCCUGUACAAUGAAUUUGUUAUCCAAGUUCCUCCUCCUUCCUCUGCUGGUGCAGCGUUGAUAUCUGCGCUCAAACUGUUGGAGGGCCUUCAACUCAACGGGAACAAUGACACAGAAAAUCAAACGCACCACUGGAUUGCUGAGGCUGUGAAAGGAGCGUUGGCUAAAGCCAGAGGUUUGGGAGACGCUUCACUUAACUCUUCUGUGACUGAGCUGCUCUCUGAUUUGCUGAGAAGUAUGACUCAAGCUAGAGUGCUUCAUCAGGGGGUCAAUUCCUCGCAUACCUCUCCACCCGAGCUCCACUCCCUACGAACCGAGCUGAUGGCUGGACAAGUAGUAGUCAUGGGGCCAGAUGGACUCAUGGUGUCAAUUGCAAGCUCCUUGAGCACGCCAUUCGGCAGCAGGCUCAUGACUGUGUCUGGCGUCAUUCUCAACGGCCUCAUCCUUGACUUCUACUGGCCAGACAAAACGCCAGGGCGACGCUCAUCCAAUCAGAAAAAUCCAGUGCAACCAGGAGCGAGGCCCCAAACACCCCUCAUGCCCACAAUAGUGGUGCCAGCGAGGCAUAAAUGUGGGCUCUACACGGCACUAAGCAGUUCAGGUGGACCCCGGAGUUUGAGUGUUGUAACCCAGGUGUUGAUUAGAGCACUGUCCCUCAACAAAGAGAGAAAUGAAAGCCUCUCCCUGGGAAGACUCCACUCUAAUCGUCAGCCAAGCAGACGUCUUGAUUACCGGCGAGAUGCGCUAACUGGGGAAACGCCUGCUUUUGUUUUGAAACAUUUCGGUGUCGCGGAGUCAUUUCCCCCGACAAUUACACUCCCUUUAUUCCCACGUGACGUCACCGUGAAGAGGCUCCACGGCCGGUACCCGCGCGGAACCCCACACAUGGACCCCAAAGCCGCGGCCAGGGAGAAGUUCUUCCUCGUGCUCCGCGGCAAGUCUCGCAAGGGCUUCAGCCAAGGCGGCGUCGGCCGCGUGGACGCGGAGACGCCGUGCGGGCAGCUGACCGGCGCGCUGUACAGCGGGGGCGCCGCCGCGGGGAGCCCCCGGGGCGGGUGCGUCGUGAGGAGGGAGGACACGCACCCGCUGACCCGCCGCCAGGCGCAGCUGCUGCUCUUCGUCUCCUCGGCGAAGAGACGCGUGGAGCUGCUGCGCAACGCGCCGCUGUUCUCCGCCGUGUGCGAGCUGGCUCAGGGGGACCAGGUGGUGGUGAAGUACAAGAAGGGACACUACCAAGCGCUGGUGAGGAACCUGAUGGAAAUUGGGAGGAAGGACGAGGACAAGGAGGACCUGCGCAUGCUCGGCUUUGAGGUGGAGUUCGUGGACCAUGAUCCUGAUUUGUCAUCCAAGGAACCUGCUCCUUUGUUCAGUGCAGCAGACAUCAUCCAGGUGGUCCCGUCUUACUCCGUUCAGCAGGGAUUGCGAUGGAGAGAUGGCCUGUCUGGGGGUCCCAACAGAAAAGUGGUGACGCGCUCUCAUUCCAUGCCGGUCGCAGGAUCUCGUCCGCGACAAGUCGGGGAAAACCGCCCGAAGAGUGCCAUUCAGAGCCAAAGUUUAAGCACAGCACAUGUGUCUUUGGAGGUGGGCUCCAUGGUGGAGGUGGUGUCCAACUCGGGGGUCACAGUGUACGGGGUCGUCCAGUGGUUGGGGGUCCCAGAAGGGAAGACUGCCAAAUGGGCAGGGAUCGAAUUGGACUAUGAGGUUAAAAGCUGCUGUGAUGGGAUGUACAGAGGCCAGAGGUACUUCACCUGCAAAGUGGGCAGGGCCUUGUUUGUUCCCGUCACAAAGCUCAACCCUGACCGCAGGUUCGUCAGCUUGUCUACAGGAAAUGAGAACCUCAAACCCACCGACGAGCCUCCAGAUCCUGAGUUUGAGGACCCAGAAGAGGAUGUGCCUCCUAUCCCUGAAUCGGAGGCCUUGUCUUUGUUAGUGGGACGAAUGAAAGGCAUUCAGGGUCACAUCAACUCCUGUUACCUCGAUGCCACUCUCUUCAGUUUGUUCGGCUCAUCUAUGACCCUGGAUAAUAUCUGGAAAAAACCUGCUGACACGGAGAAACCCAUAACCUGCACGUUAAGAAAAGUAGUGAACCGUCUGCGCAGACAAGGAUUUGUUCCUGCAGAGAGUGUGAUGAAUUUCCGUAAAGAGCUCGGCUGCGACACGUUCCGAACCGAGGAGAAAGACCCGGAGGAGUUCAUCACGGUCCUCUUUCAGAAGGUGCUUUGCAUGCAGCCACUGAUCAAGCUCAGAUCGGGACAAGAAACAUGUCAGGGUGCCUACACCCUCCAGAUCUUUCUGGAAAAAGAACAAAUGGGCCAGAUGCCGUCAGUCCAACAGCUGCUGGACACAUCCUGCCUGUCGGGUGACCUCAAGUUUGAAGAGAUGCCUUCCUGUCUAAUGGUUCAGAUGCCGAGGUUUGGAAACAAGUACAAGAUGUUUUCUCACAUAAUUCCGUCCACGGAGCUGGACAUCACGGAUCUCCUUUACAACUCUCCAAGGGAAUGUUUCAUCUGUGGGCAUCUGGCAGCGUUUGAGUGUCUUCAGUGUCUACCAGAUCGCAAGCUGCAGCCAGGGAGAAUAAAACAGUACUGCUCUACCUGCAACUCACAGGUGCACAGCCAUCCCGCUCGGCAGGGUCACUCCCCCAAAGCUCUAUCGGUACCAGCGCGCUCUGAGUCUCCUGUGCCGAGGCACGUGAUGCAGCUGCUCGCUGUGCUCUGCAUUCAAACCAGCCACUAUGUCUCCUUUGUCAAAUUCGGCCCUGACCCUCGCUCCUGGGUCUUCUUUGACAGCAUGGCGGACCGAUGUGGUGACGGCCCAAGUGGCUACAGCAUUCCUGUGGUCCGCGCCUGUCCCGAGUUGGGUGACUUCCUCUACCUGCCGGAGGAGGAGCUGGCUCGAUCGAACCACUCCCAGGCUCCGGAGCUAGUGCGUAGGCUGCUGAGUGACUCUUACAUGUUUCUAUACCAGAACCCGGCUACGCCACUUUCCAAGCCAAACCAGCAGGAGUGUUAGACGCCUGCGUGAACGAGGACACGACGUUCCAAUAACAAUGCCUUAAUAACCUUGUAACUGCUCAUAAUCAACUGGAAUAUGUGUUUUUGUUAUUACACACAAUACCUCAGGAACUGGAACUGAUGCGUCCAACAUCAUGAAGGAAAACAAUAUUGUUGAAGGGAAACUGACUACGAAUGGUUUGAUGUAGAUAUGGAAGGAGAGAAAGAAUAAUGGCCCACUUUUAAAGCACACGCUGACCACAGCAACUCUGCUCUUCACUUAUCAGCGUCAAAUCAACAAUUACACAGCGUAGAGAAACUCUUUCAGACAAUUAAAGUAAACUAGAAUGUUAAAUUAUAAUACUGUGAAUAUAAAUUGCAUAAUCCUAUUGUGUACUUUUGUAUUUUGAUGCUGUGGCAACAUUGUUUUUUUGCCAAUAAAGACUCAAUGAAUAGUA